AUGAGACUUGACGUUGGCCUGGAUGCAUACGAGAAGUCUGUUAGCUUUGAUACAGACGCGUACAUAAACGAUGUUAUCCGUCCACAGGUUGACGGUCCUGAUUCGUUAAAAAAUACUAUUGGCGUGACUGUUUGUUUCACACAGCAACUGCAUCCAGGUCGUUAUCUGUCCAUGAGAUUCCUCUUCCUGAAUGCUAUAAAAUUCUUAAAUGAUGCUCUCGAGAUCAUCAAGCUUUCACGAAAACCGUUAAGAGAUUAUGAAGUACACUCACAACAAGUCACGCUGGAGCUGGGUGGGCUAGUUGUAAUAGGAUCUCCAGCAUACAACUACCCUCAAAUGGUGGAAAAGUUUCAGUCAAUUGGUUCUAGCAAGGAAGAGUUGUGGGGUAAGAGCAUUGAUUACUGCAACUACCGUUUCUCGAGCCGCCCACCAAAGCAAACAAAAUACUUAUUUAGUCGUAUUAUCGAUAUGACGAUGUAG